UCGUUUUGGAUUGCUCAGCAGUGCCAGCGCAGAGAAGGAGUUCGAGAACAUUAGUCUUGUGAUCCCAGAAAAACAAAAUGGAGAACCAACUUUGCAAGCUCUUUGUCGGCGGCUUGAACGUCCAGACCACAGAUGACGGUCUUCGCCAGCAUUUUGAGCAGUACGGGGAGCUGACCGACUGCGUUGUUGUCCAAAACCAGCAGCUCCAGCGCUCCCGUUGUUUCGGGUUUGUGACCUACUCGACUGCGGAGGAGGCUGAUGCGGCAAUGGCGGGCAGGCCUCACACUGUAGACGGCAACAACGUGGAGCUGAAGAGAGCCGUGGCCCGGGAGGACGCCGGCAAACCCGAGGCCCUCGCCAAGGUGAAGAAAAUCUUCAUCGGCGGCCUGAAAGAAGACGUGGAGGACGAACACCUAGCAAACUACUUCUCCCAGUUCGGUACACUGGAGAAGGCCGAAGUGAUCACCGACAAGGAGACGGGCAAGAAGCGCGGCUUCGGCUUUGUGUACUUUGAAGACAACGACUCUGCCGACAAGGCCGUGGUGCUCAAGUACCACACCAUCAACGGGCACAAAGUGGAGGUGAAGAAGGCCCUCUCCAAGCAGGAGAUGCAGGCCAGCGGCGGCAGGGGAGGCCGAGGCAGAGGAGGGCGCGGAAGAGGACAAAAUGGCUACGGCGGUGGCAGGGGAGGUGGCGGUUACAACAGCUAUGGCGGCGGCUACGGGGGCAAUGAUGGCGGUUAUGGCGGUGGCUACGGGAGCGGUGGCGGCUAUGGGAGCAGCGGCGGAUACGGGGGCAGUGGUGGUUACGGAGGAGGAUAUGGAGACCAGAUGGGCGGCUAUGGCAACGGAAACGGCUACAAUGACUUUGGCAGCAACUACGGCCAACAGUCCUCCGGCUACGGGGCGAUGAAAGGGGGUAACUACUCCUCCGGCAGAAGCAGCGCACCUUACUCCAGAGGUGGCGGCGGCGGCUACGCCAGGGGGGGCUAUGGAGGCUCCUACUAAAGCGAGGCCUGCGUCGCUCCCGCUGUGUGGCUACACAAAGAAGAGCGGCUCCAUCACCUAGCCAGAAGCAAAGCCCACGGUCCUGUAUUGGAUUCCCCACAAACAGAACUCGAAUCACUUCUUUAAAUGUCUAGCCGAAUUCUGGAAUGGGAUUGACGGGCACACUGAACCCCCCGUCCUAGCCCUAAGAAAAAGGAGACCUCACAAUCCCGGGCUGGUCCUAACAGGUAGGGAAACCUUGCCAGCAACCCGACUACUUAAAAUGGCCACCAGUGUUUAGCCGCAGUACAACAAGCUACAAAGCUAUAGAAGCAGAUGUCGUCGCCUUUCCUAAUUCGCUAGACCAUUUCCCCAUCCAGGGUUACGAUCUGACUGCCCGGAUUUUCUUAUUUUUUUGUGGGGGGCAUUCAUUUUGAGUAUUGUAAACGUCCCAGACCAUAAUUAAAUUUAUUUUUUUUCAUAAUCCUAUAUAAUUAAAAAUAACUCAUGUGUGGAGAUUCGAUGUCUCGUUUGUUUAAUUUAGUAGUGCUUUUUCCUUUUCUAGUGUGUUUCUAUUUUGUAGUUGAAUUGGGAUUUUUUUUUGUAUUUGUAUUUAAGCAUAUUACGUGGUGGUUUUUCUAGGACCCCUUUCCCAGUACUUAAUGCGUCAAUUGCAGUGAACUUGAGAACGUUUUAGUCCUUAGCUGUGCACUAAAUUCGGUUGCAGUUAGUACGGUAGUACCAGAAGAGAUUUCUCGGGUUAAUACUGUGCUUUAUUAAUUCUAAAUGCAGGUAACGGAUACCAGCUGUGCGAAAAGCGUUUUAAAUUAGCUUUUAAUGGCUUCAAAAUUGAUUUGAACUUCUUCGUGCAGCAUGUCAUUUUAUGUUAAUCUACUAAGGAUUGUGUCUAGAAACUUGGGUUCACUGCCGUUGGGAUUAAACUACGAAAUGUGUAAAACCUUUCUCAGUGCUUAAACAAUGUGGUGAUUUAUUUCCUUUUAAAGCAUGUAUGUUUUGUGUUAAAUAUUUGCUACAAUAGUUGAUUUUACACGGACAGUAGUUGGUGUGUUCUUGUAUCUGCGCACACCCGAGCUUCAAACAAUUCGGAGGAUUUGGCAAGACUAUGGCAAGACUUAUUCAAAGUUUCACAGAUUUUAAAAUCAUUUAAACCAUAUGGACUCGAGGGAUUCAAUUGCAAGAGCUAUUCAUCUUCGUACACCUUUUAAUGUCUUGUAUAAUUCUUGGUACACAACCUCUUAAUAUUGUUAAUAAGAAAUACUGGUAAAUUGUAUGUCUCUUUUUUUUUCACCCCCAUUUCAGAAAUAAACGUUUUAUUCUUAAAUCGACAAAUAGAAAGGUUAACUUUAUUUCAGCCUUAACAUGUUUUCGGUUAUGCAUGCUUUGAGUUAUGACAUUUUAAUUUUAGUGGAUAUUGGAAACAAAGGUAGGUAAGAUUUCUUUCACAGCGAAGGUACAUCAGUGUGUUUCACACAAAGCUGUACAUUCCGUGACAAAUACAGGUUUUGUACAUUGUUGACAUUUGCAAGUUGUACAGAGUUUAACUUUUAUUACAAAUUGUGGUAAAUUUUUAGAAAUACAAUAUUAAACCAGUGACAAACGUUUUAAACACCGAGAUGUUUUGUCUAUCUGUAAUUCAUUUAUUUACGUUUUGUAUUUCUAAACUAUUGGUGUUGGGUGAAAUCCAUCCAGUAAUAACCAAGUAGAUUUCUGGGCACAGGCACCUGCACCAUCUUGGCUCCAAAUCUCAAGUUGCAGUCUAUGGAUGCAAGGGGUUUUGAGCACUGAUCAUAAGGUCUAAAACAGUUUGUCUCUGAGGCUUGUUACUGAGGAAGCUCAUGUUCCUACAUGCAUAGGAGUCUUUCAUGCAUGCAUACCUGGCCCCCUAAUCCACUGCAUCUUUCUACAGUGAAACGUGUCCUAGUUAGUAGGUUUUCUUUACGUCUUAAAAAAAAAAAAAAAUCUAAAGCUGUUAAAUACAUUUUUGAAGCCUUUUUAUAUGGAAUUAAAAUAAGAGGGAAGGAAUAAAAGCUGUAUUUUGCAUGAUCAAAGCUCCUUAAAUUCCAUUCUAGCACAAAGUAUUGCCUUAAAACAUAAUGUUUUGUUUGAAUUCUGGAAAGAGGAAAGUGCUUUUAUAAAGUUAGCUAACCCCUCCCCACUUAAGAGUUGGAGAGAAUUAUGCCUGAUCUUGCAUGCUUUAAAUGAAUAAACAAACAAAUAUGCG